AUGGCGCCCCAAAACGGCAAGCCUCACAACGGCAACUCGAAGCCUCGUCGACCUGGAGGGAGCAAGCUUGCUCAAUCCUCCAAGCCUCUCCCGGCUAUCCCACUGCCUUAUGUGAAGCGUCAGGCUGCUCGGGCUAGUGCUGCCUCUGCCGCGACCCAGAAACCUGAUGCGCCUUCGCCCUCCGAAUUGAAGCUCACGAAUGGCAAUGCACCCACUGAGGUCAAGAAGGCUGGGUCUGUAGCUUCAGCUGCAGAACCUAGCUCGGUUUCCAGCCCUGUUUUGACUUCAGCUUCCAAAGCUGAGAAGGAGUCAAUUGAGACCAAGGUUGACAGUGCUCCAAAGUCAAAGAACGAUACUACCAACCUUGUCAAUUCUCACAAUGUUUCUGUCGCAUCUGCCUCUGAGCAUCCCACCACCGAGAUCGAAAACGCCCACAAAAAUCCUGCAGCCUCAAAACGUGCCGAUCAGCCCACCACCACCAACAAAUCUGAUAUUGGAACAAGAACCGACAACACCAUUGACAAUAUGGACGGGCUAAACGGUAUCGCGAGUAAGGGUAAAACCAAACCUCAAGCUGGUGAGGCGCCUCAAGAUUAUCAAGACCAUCCCGACGCUCAUAACCCCACUACAGACAACCACAACAUUUCCAAGAUGAAGUCUCGACCUCCCCCCGCUGUCCCUCCUGGCCGAUACCAGAUGCCUCCUGCUUUUCAGCCUUCUGGACGACCUGUUGGACCAACUGCGAACGGUGAUAUGCGUGGCCCUCGACCUCUGAUGCCUAGCGGCCCGCCUCUUCACCAGCCGCAUCACAGCAAUGGUAGCAUUCAUUUCGGCGCUUUCCAUGGUUCGACAAGCUCAUCUCCAGCUCCUUUGUCUGGAGGUAUUGCCCCUCCUCCUGGUAUGAUGGGACCCAAUGGCCAACCUCCCUACAUGCCUCCUGGUACCAAUGGAUUCCCUCACAUGAUGCCCUAUGAGGUCCCUGUCACGACUAUCGAUAACUACGGUAGACCCACGAUGGCUUAUGUACCGGCGGAUUCAUUCCCUCCUUAUGGCAACAACCUUGGCCCCUCCACCCCGCACAGCUUCCAUGAUUCCCAGACAUCCGGCCCUCCAGAUGAAUUCGGCGUUUACAACCAUUUCGCUUCAGCACCAGUCCCCAACGGCAUUUCUGGCCCAGGGGAAGACAACCAGUCGCCAAACUAUCCAGGCAGAAUGUUUGGAGGUCCGGACUACCCCCAAAUGAUGCAGAAUGCCGGUCCUCCCCCCCGCAUGAUGUCCGGGAUGGAUGACGCUGAGGGUCUCAUUGAUCAUUUCCAGCGACAGUUUGGAGCUCCCGAGUUUGCCGAUUGUUUCCUAGAGCUUCAAUUCACGAAAAGAAGAGCUCAUCCGGUUCGUAUUCCUGGUCACCGGAUUCUCUUCUCCCGCAGCUCCGAGCUCGCAGGCGUAAUGUCAAAGGGUCUUGCUCAGCCCAACAACGGCACACAGCUCCCCUCUCUUGUUCUUGAGACAGAGAGUAAAUGGAUUCAACCCGAUCCGUUCUACUUUGCUGUCCAGCGCCUCUACGGACUGCCUUUGUUCACCCCGCCUCAUAGCAUGAAGCAGGGUACCACAGUCGACGCUGGGUCACUGACAGAACGCUUCGAUUUUGCUCUUGGGUAUGCUGCCUCUGGCCAUCUUCUCCGCUGGGACGCAGUCACCCGACGUGGCUGUGAGCUGGCCAUGGAGCUUCUGGACGUGCAGACGGUGGAAAAGGCUCUGGAAUUUGCACUAGAGGGACACCGAGAUGAGGGUACACAUGAAGCGUUCAAAUAUGGUGACGGAUCUCGAGCAAUCCUUAGAGAGAUUGUCUCUUUUAUCGCCAAUAACCUUCACCCCACCUUCAAACUUGACACUUCAGUUACCGACCCGUUAGGCUACGCUCGUCUCCCGGCCCAGGCCGCCCUGUCUAGCAACGCCACAAACCGCAAGCUCUCACCCCCACCUAUCGCCAGAGGAACUUCUGUCCACCUCAAGGGACGUCGCUCUCAGCAAAUUUCUGGUAUCCAGUUUGGUGACCUUUCCUCCACUGAAAGCGUAAUGUCACCAGGUUCGGACGCCUCGGGCGCAUCUCAGCCACAGCGAACCUCGCUUCAUGCUGUCCUUUCUCGCAUCCUUCUCAAUCUUCCUUUCGAAACACUCAAGUUGUUACUUGAAAACGCGACCAGAGAUGGAAAUGCCUGGCCCAACGCAGAUGCCGUGUUCCGUGCGGUCAAGGACACAGUGGCUGAGAGAGAGCGACGUCGACUCCAGAUUGUGGAGAUGGUCAAGAAUCGCCAGAUCCCACAAUGGGAAGUCGUUUCCAACCAGCUUUCUAUCCCGGAGCCACGCAACUACAUUGGCCCUUGGGGUGCUUUGGGCUGGCAGGAAGAGGUUGUUGCUUUUGGACCUUCAGAGAGCCCAACUCUUAACCGAACUUGGACUCCUCUGGCGAACCCUCAGAUGGCUACCCAAGCAGCGUAUCCUUGA